AUGAAGGUGGCAGAUGUUCUGUUGGGAUUGGGGGGGAUGGUUGUGGUGGUGACAGUGAUGCUGGACAACAUUGUAUUGGCAGAGAUGCAGCCAAAUGACUUGUUGGGGAGCAUCUCAACCAAAAUCUUUAGUGCCACCAACAGAACAUCUACCACAGUAAUACAUGUUGGAAAUCAGACCCAGAGAAACGAAAAUCUACCUUCUAGUACCCAAAGGGAAGUAGUCAAAGAAACUCCAAAGACCAGUAUCUCCACUCUGUCUACUCAACCACCACAGGUGCUACCCACACCCAACGGCGAAGUCAAACCUACCACAGAUGUGUCUACACGGCCACCAGAAUUGGUGCUACCCACAUCCUCCAUGCCUCUUAAUUCCAGUAUGUUCAAAGUACCCAAAGUGUCCAAUGAUUGGGAGAAGUUGAAACAACAAAAUCCCAAGAUUAUCAUUACUUUCCUCCAAAAUUCUGGUUUGGGUAGCCAGAUACUGAACAUGCUGGCACAAAAAAUUUACUUUGGCAGUCUCAAUCGAACAUUCAUUGUCGAUGACACCAUUUAUGGAUACAGAUGGGAUGAGGAGACAGGAGUGCUGAGGGGCUUUUUCCGACCAAAAUUUCCUGUGGUCAACAAGGAUGAGUAUGCCACCAUUGAGCGAGUGUUUGGAGUGGAGAAUUAUCGAAAAGCAAUCGAUGCAUCCAAGAACAAAACAUGGCCGGAUUAUACAUCCAGCAAGCAAAUUGAAAUGGCCAGUGACAGAACUCCACUCUUUAUUGUGUGGUCCACCAGUGGACCAGCACGAAGAGCCUUUCGCAAACGAUUUGAAGCUGUGGGUCCUGAAGUGUACCGACGCUUUGCCGAUUGUGCCUGUGACAAUUUACAAUUCAGUGAUCAUGCACUGUCGGAAAUCAAUCAACUGAAGGAAGCGCUCAAUAUGCCAGAUCUCACAAAGUCCCAUUCGGUUGCAUUUCACAUUCGAAGAGGUGACAAACUCGAAAAGGAAGCAAAGAAAAGAUAUACAGCAUAUCACUAUGUUGAUAAACUCCGGAGGAUCCCCGAUGCUGCAAGGGAACCUGUGGAACAUUGCUUUGUUGCAUCCGAUGAUUACUCAGUGGUGGGAGAACUCCACCAAGCUUUGCAAGCAAAGGGAAUCCAUUGCCAGUUGCACACACUCAUACCCUCGGUCGCCAGGGGAGCUAACUUGGCAUAUGAGACCAGUGGUCACGAGGACACGAUUCUUUUGUUGGCGGAGUUAACCAUGAUGAUUGAUGCAACCUACUGGGUGGGUACCUGGAAUUCCAAUGCUGGCAACAUGGCUUCUGUCAUGAGAGGCUGUCGUCAUGCUGGCAAACCACACUAUAGUCAUUCGUAUGUCCUGGAUGGUAACGACUGGUUCUUUCGAGGAAAAGCCUGUUUGGAACCGUGGAAACGGGGGGUGAUGGAAAUCAGUUGCAAUGAGGACAGAUGGCAAAGUGUUGGUUAUUUCAAGCAUGGGUGUCUCCACGAAGCUCCCACUAGAGCAAUUCUCAUUGCAAGAUUCACAGAUGCUUCUCCCCUGGGCUUGGAAGACGAGAAUGGGCCCUGA